UUCUGUGUCUCGACCCUUCUCCUCCUCGCUCGCACGGUCUCCCUCUCCCUCCCGAUUAUGGGCAGCGGCGACAACACCCUUGCGGCACGCACCCCCACGGUAGCCAUCCCCGGCCACCACGGAGCGGCGCGACCGGGCCCUGCUGGUCGCCGCCGGCUUGGCUCCCGGUGCUGCCUCCUUUUUCCGGUGGGCAUGCGCUCGACGAAACCCUAUCUGCAUCUUCAUCGCUGCUGGUGGCGGCGGCGAAGCUCCGCGGCUGCUACGUGCGGUAACUGAUUUGCAGUAGGAAUCAGUGACCAGUUAGGCCAAGGGAAUGUGCAGGGGUGCAGUCUGCAUCUGUACUGAAUGGUGUUUCAAUUCUAAGGUAUUGUUAAAUUACAAUUAUUUCGUAUAGCUUUCAGUUUGAUAACAUGCUUUCAUUUUGCCUUCAUGUUGUUUUAGUCCACCUAUCUAUCUAUCUAUCUAAAACUUUUGUUGCUUGCCUGCUCAUGUUCUUUACUGAAUACUAACAUGUUUAUAUACUUUGGUUAUUUGUGAAUUUGUGUUUUGUUUUAGUGGGUUCAGAUUCCAUUUCAUACCUGUGCAGUUGUGACUGGAUGUAUUCAGUAUGUAAUGAUCCUGCGAUUUGGUUAGUUUGGUUUGAUCUGUGAAUUUGUAUUUUGUUUUAGUGGGUUUAGGUUUUAUUUCAUACCUGUUCAAUUUAGAUUGUGUAUAUUAAAAUAUGUACUGAUCCUACGAUCUAAAAUCCUCAAGCUAACAUCAUUUUAGUGCCUCUGUCAAAUAAAUAGUGGUUCAUGGUCUGCCUCUGAAUUCCCAACUUCAGAAAGAUCACUGCCAUUUCUAGCACAGGAUUAUGAUUCAGAUAUUGAUGCGAGACUUCUGAAGAUUGUAACGAAGGUUGCUUGUGGAUCUUGUGGGGAUAUGUUUCUUUGGGACCUACAGUGGUCACGAGGUUGCUGUUAAAGUUUUUAAUCAUGAGAAUAUGAACCAAAAUGCAUGCAAUGAAUUUAAGCAUGAAAUCUACAUGUUAAGGUAUUCCACAUUUCUAUGGAUCUUUCCUAAGGUUAUCAUUGUUGAGUGCACUCUUGAAGCUACCUGAUUGCAAGCACAAACAGAGAUAUAUACCUACCCUUUACCUUCCACACCUCUUUUCAGGCAAGUUGAUCAUCCCAAUAUUAUCUGAUUCAUUGAUUCAUGCACAAAGCCACACCUCUUUUUCCUAUGUUGGAGGGUUAUCCUAAUUUGGCUGAUACUGAUCCUAUCUGAGCAACUGGAUUUGGUCUACUGGAUCAAGGCGAAUGAGGCUAACUUCACCCCAGUUUAUAUGGAGUGUUUGAUGUGUGUGCCCUUUCUUCCUUGCAGCUUACAUUGUGUUUUUGUUAUAAUUAUUGGAGUUCAAAAAUAUAGUUUCUUCACUGAUACUAGCUAAUGCCGAUUUUUUUCAUUCCUGGAAGAAAAUGUUCUGUGCACUAACGAACUCUGCAAUGAGUACCAAUGCCUUCCGUGCUAAUUUUGUAGAUGCCAAGCAUCAGUGUGCAUGAAUACUACAUUUUUUCUACCUUCCUUCAGGACUGCUCUAAUUUUCUGUAUUACAGUUCAAUGCGACCUUAUCCUUUGUUUCUUAGGCACCAAGAACUGCCGUUAAUUCAUUGCUUGCUGGCUGGGAAUAAAAACAUAAGAGUCCUGGUACUUUUGCUUACCUAUACUCAACUUGAUUACUGUUAUUACCUUACUAUAAUUCUAAAAAGAGUUCUAUUUUUGUUUACUAUAUUAUUCUUUGGGGGUAUGGCUCAAUGGCUUGCCACAUAAUAUAUUUAGGCUACCUCCAAACAGGAUUUGUUGUGCUGCUUUAGUGGGUUCUGUCAUUUUGUAGCUUCCUUUUCAUGUUUUGAGGCAAACCUUUUUGUUAGGCGAUGAUAGGACUCAAAUACAUAGAUGCGGGAUUUGUAUCUAUGUCUACUGAAAAGUCAGUUUAUUAAUCUCGUUAUUAUGACAAAUUUAUUUUCAAGUUAAAUGAUUGGUAGAACAUAUAUAUUGUACUGGGCAAUGUACGAGAUAUGUCUCAUCACAUGAAACGCCACCUGAAGUUUGCUUGAGCUGAUAGCCUAUGCUUCUAAAUUUCAUGCUGGACAAAUGAAAGUACUAAAACUCUAAUCUAAUGGUAACAGAACAGAGUGUUGCAAUUGCAUGCUACGUAUUAGACCGGUUUAGGACCAGGCGCCUAAUUAAACAAAGCUGCUACUAAAAUUCUGCCUAUUUUCUAAAAUGUUAGUUCUUAAAUAUCAGUAGUGUAUGAUACAUUAAAAACAGUGCUUUCUGAAUCCCUUCUCUGUAGGCCUCUGCUCUAUUAUCCCACUAUAUGGUAGUCAUCUUGUGCCGUUUAUUCUCUUCCUCUGAAUUGCACAUUUAUAUUGUUACUAACCUAACGUUCAUGUAUCAUUGGCUACAUUUUCAUUUCCUCCAGAUGAGAGGUUAACACAAGAAUUCAAGGAACACCAUAAGGUAAUUCAAGGAACACCAUUGUUGUGGUUCUUUUCAAACUCUUUAAUGCUUCCGAGUUCUGAGCUCAGUUCUUAGGCAAUCCCCCUAGCUAACUCCCCCCAGUAACCCACCAAAAAAGUUUUGUCAUAAACAGCUAGAAAUUAUCUUGGUUUGUUCUGUGAUCUACAACUACUUCUUUUAGACUACAAAAUAUAGCUUCUACAUAAUUAGUUGCUGCUUUUAGGGGUUGGUCUAGCUUUUUAUAUUACCAUUCAAUUCAAAACACUGAAAUGGUUAGUGCACCCAACACUGAAAUGCCUGUGUGCUUAUUUCUUAGGAUACUCUUAUUUUCGUAGAUUCUUUUUAUUUUUUUAUCGUCGUACCCGUACAACAGCCUAGCCAUUUUUAUUACUUUUAUAAGAUGUAAGGUUAUUUAUAUUUUCCCUUGCUUACAAAAUUAUGACCUUGAAUCAUGUGUGAGGUUGUUGUUCUGAGGUACUGAACCAGAGGUGGAUGAGAGAUUCCAGUCAAGUGUUUAAUUUGCUUCCUUUCUUGGCUUUAUUUGGGUGCACAUGGAUUCUGAUUGUACAAGAAUGCUAGGACAGAAACUUGCCUCCCAGAUAGCAGUAACUUGGAUGCCAUGCUUUACUGCUUGUACAAAGGGCCUCCUAGCUAGCAGUAACGUGGAUGACAAGCUCUUCUGGUUGUACAAAGGUUGCUACUGCCCAAUUGCUCCCUCUAUGAUUUAUGCAUUUCAUAUCCUGUUUGGUGGUUUCACAGCUGCUACAAAUAUAGAUCCACAGAUAUUUAUCUGGCCCAUUAGUGACAUUUUCAUUUUUGGGAAAUAAAGACAUCAGAUGGCCAUGCAUUCAUCUGGCCUAAUUAAUGCUAUGUUCACCCCAUACAAACUCACGGGGAGGCGCCUAAUAUUACCUAGAAGCUUACCAUUUUCACUUUCGGCAGCUUAGGGCAUGAUAUGGUCAGACAUAAUUAUCUGCUUUAUUAGUGCCAUUUUCGUAUUUAUCCAGCAGGGUUUACCUCUUAUGUUAUAUGCUUUUUUAGCAUUUGGAUACACUCCCCAAUAAGUUAGCACUCUGUGUUUAUCUUUUGCUAUUGUAGUAGCAGACUCCAACAUUGCUCCAACAAGGUUUAACUCUUACAUUACAUCCUUUCUAUUCUCUAUGGCACAACCUAAGUACAAAAGUGAUUGUGAGGUUGUUGAAAGAAAAUGGCAAAAUCAUCGCCCUCCUCUUAAACUUCCUGACAUUGAUAAGUAUGGCCGUUGCUGGAAUGAGUAAAUACUUAGUUUCCCAUCUUAUUAGGUUCACCUUACAUCACUUCUUUUUCGUUUUCUUUACAUAGAUCUACCAACCUUUUUAAUUGCCAUAUCAUUUCUACUUGACGACGCGUGUAAAAUUAUUAUUUUUACAGUGCAAUUCCAAACAAUCCUUUUAUUCAAGGGAGUGUGGUGUAGGUUACCAGAUGAUGAUUGCUUAUGUUUGCUGCUUUGGAGAUAGCCAACGGACAAUGCUUAAGAGCAACUUCAAUCUAUAGGCCAUGAAUUUAUAUACAGAUAGUCUCUUCAGCUUUUGAGAUAGCCAAAAGACAAUUCUUUGUUCUUUGCUUCUGUUUCCUACCAGAAUAGGUGUUCCUGGAAGUGAACAGUUCCUAUCAGCAACCUACCGGUGUGGUGUGCAGUUCAUGGAUCUCAUCAUUACUGUGUCCAAGGUCAUUGUAUGCAAAGGAGCAGACCACGGUUGUAAACAUUACAAGACAUGUUUUCUAUUUAUUUAUAGCACAUAUACUUUGCUAAGUGUUAACCAUGUGCGUCAACCGAUGCGCGCGAUGGCGCGCGCAUUGCACUGGUACAAUGGCCUCUUCGUGUUCGGAGAUUCAUUCGCCGACACAGGGAACUCCCCCAAGUCGGAUCUGAGUGAAGUGACUCGCCAAUGGUACAAACCCUAUGGCUCCUCCCAUGGUUUUCUCCGUGAUCCAACCGGCCGCUUCUCCAACAGCUUGGUUCAGUCUGAUUUCAUCGCAAAGAUUCUUGGGCGCUCCGAAGCUCCUCUGACCUACAGGCGCACGAAGGCCGGCUACCCGGACAAGUUCGGCGUCAACUUCGCCGUGGGCGGCGCCGGCGUCUUCGAGGUGCCGCGCGAGGCGCCGACGCUCGCCAGACAGAUCGACGACUUCGAGAAGAUGCUCGACGACGACAGGACCAUCGGGAAAUGGCAGCUCAGGCAGUCCGUCGCGCUGGUCGCCAUCUCCGGCAACGACUACGCGCGCGUCGCCGCCAACACGAGCAGCGACGGCGCCGACAUCACCGGAUUCGUCGGGAACGUGACGGACGAGAUCGCCAGGGGCGUGGACCGGCUGCGGAAGCUCGGGGUCACCAAGGUCCUCGUCAACACCCUGCACCCGCUCGCCUGCACGCCGUGGCAGUCCAGGCCGUCCAACUACACCAAGUGCGUCGGCCGCGGCAACAUGGCCGCCGACUUGCACAACGACCACCUCCGGGACAAGCUGCGGAACGCUACCGCCAGCGACAGCGUCUACCUCCUCGACCUCAACCGGGCCUUCACCACCAUCAUCAGUCCAUCCGAUACUGACACCGUCCCGCAGGUGGCGAAGCAGUUCAAGGAGAAGCUGAGGCCGUGCUGCGAGAGCUGCGAUCCCAAUGGCUACUGCGGGCAGGUGGACAAGGAUGGCGGCGCGCAGUACAGCGUCUGCUCCAACCCGGAGAAGCACUUCUUCUGGGACGACGUGCACCCGACGCAGGCAGGCUGGGAGGCCGUCAUGGAGCAGCUCGAACGGGACAUCAAGGAUUUCCUCCACAUUUCCUACUAGCUAUGUCUCGAUCUAUUAUACGAGGAUUAGAAAUAUAUCUAUUAUACGAGGAUUUGAAAUAAUUUGCAUGUUCUGAUCUUCUAUUAGGUUUAGGUAUCGAUCAAUUUUAGUUUGUUGGGUAAUCUGUUGGAUUACCCAGCACCGCACUUUGCUAGAGCUGUGUGCCCAAUGGAUGUAUCCAUUAGGCUGUUAUCUUCCAAUGAAUCAUGGGCAUGUUUGGAUCGGAUUUCAGAGUGAGGAAUUUCGAGUAGAUAGUGAAGGUAGAAUCUGAAUUUGGGUUUGAAAAAUAAGCAAUGUUUGGAUCUCAUUCUCAUAGUAAUUAUUGUCCUUGUGCA